AUGACGGUGAUAAAGGUAGAAAUCGUUUUUGAUUUCGUCUGCGCUUGGUGCUACAUCGGCAAGCGAAAGCUAGACAGAGCCAUCGCCCUUUACCAGAAAACGUAUCCUGGUGGCAAGAACGAUGUGUUUGCCAUCACCUGGCGACCGUACUACUUGAACUAUAACCCGUCAUCCAAGAGCGUUUACAAGAGCCACUUAGCUGAGACCAAGUUGAGCGACAUGAGCCCCGAACGUCGCGCUGCCCUGGAACAGCGCAUGGAGCAGGUCGGUCGUUUCGUUGGCAUCAACUUCAAGUGGGAAGGCAAGAUCGGGCCCGACACCCGUGACGCGCAUUGCCUAGUACGUAUUGGGUGUGCUAAAAGCCCCGAAGUUGGGGAUACAAUAGUCGAGAAGCUUUUUGAAGCGUACCAUGAGCUAGAAAGAGACAUUUCUGAAAGAGAAGUGCUCCGCGAUAUAGCAAUGGGAGCUGGCCUUGAUGUCACGGAAUUUAACAGAGUUUUCGAUUCAGAGGCGAGUCUGAAUGAAGUAGACGAGGAUGAGAAGAGAGGUCGGGAGGUUUCUAGGGGCGCCGGAGUCCCAAUGUUUAUCGUUCAGGGUGUUUAUCGAAUCGAAGGUGCGCAGGAUACAUCGGACUUUUAUGAAGCGUUUGUUCAGGUGAAGGAAACUGAAUCAUCAACGUCGUAG